GAAAGGGGGAAAUAGAUAAGACAACCCCGAAGAUCUCACGCGGGUGACAUUGAACCAAAUACCUGGGCCUACCUACCUAAAUGGGCAUCGCUAUCGUCGAGCACAGGAUUCCGUUUGAUAAAUACGUCUCCGAGUACGUCAGCUAUUGGCUCGCAUACUAAUAGGCGUGCUAUCCCCCGACAUCUCGUCGACAGGAUGGGUUGAGCUGUAGUCGUGGACACCUGUAUUCACUUCAGAGUUGAUGCCAUACUUUCCUCGCCAACAUGAUUCAGUAUCUUGAUGCGUUUCUUAAUAUCAUAUCCCUCAUGUUGGAAAUCAUUGGCCGAGCUGCGUUCUUUCUCGUGGUCGGUUGGCAGGAACCUCUUUCAUCGCAAAAUGCCCAAGCCAGCAGCUCCCGCAAAGAAAGAUGAUAACGAGCCAUCGCCUAUCAUCAAAGCCACGCUACAAGCGGCAGUCAUUGCGGGAAUAUCAAACAUUCUCGCCCAGGCCAUCAGUGCCUACAAAGACGGUACACCUCUGGUGAUUGACUGGGUGCCAGUGUUCCAGUUCUUCCUCUUUGGUAUGAUCUCUACGCCUCCCAAUUUUUUGUGGCAAGAACUCCUUGAAACCACCUUCCCAUCCCACCACGUCUCCCCCACGCGCGAAGCCAUCGCCUCUGCCUCCGCCUCUGACGAAAAGGCUCUCGACCGCGAAGCCUCUCUCGGCACGCUCGUCGAACCGCGUCUCAACAAAGGCAACACCUUCAUUAAAUGGCUGCUCGACCAAACCGUGGGGGCAGCCGUCAACACGUUGCUUUUCAGCAUGUUCAUGCACGGCACGCAAGCCGCGAUGCAGCACCGGGCCACCUCUUCGUUCGGCGCCUCACCCGAUCAAAGUCUGUGGUUUUUGAUCGACAGCUUCAAAAGGGGAAACGCGAUCCAGUAUCAUAGCGUUAAUUGGAACUGGGUUUGGGAGGAGUCGAAGCGCGAGUUUUGGGGGUUAUUGGUGGCGAGCUGGAAGUUUUGGCCGUUUGUGAGUAUUGUCAACUUUGCAGUGUUGAAGACGGUGGCGGCGAGGAGUCUGGCAGGAAAUUUGGCCGGCAUUGCGUGGGGAGUCUAUAUGAGUUUGUUUGCUGCGCAGUAGGAAGAUAAAGAGGGCGGGGAGGAGACUGG